AUGUCCGAGAUUGCUCAACUCGUCGACGAGGAUGCCUCUCAGCGGGCGCUGGCGCCCGCUGCCGUUGGCACCCAGGUCGCCUUGAUGAGUGUCGUUUCACUAGCUACGAUAAUUGCGUUUAAUAUCCUUCGUCCGAGGAAUAAGAUCAUCUAUGAGCCCAAGGUCAAGUAUCAUGUCGGGGAUAAGAAACCUCCACGGAUAUCCGACUCAUUAUUUGGCUGGCUACCCCCACUGCUGCAUACAAAAGAGCCAGAGCUGGUUGACAAGAUUGGACUAGACGCUGCCAUUUAUCUGCGCUUCCUCCGCAUGUUCCGCUGGAUGUUCACCUGUAUUGCGUUCAUCGCAUGUACAGUUCUUCUUCCCGCGGAUAUCGUGUACAAUCUCCGUUAUGUCAACAAGGGACAACGGGACAUACUUUCGAUGAUGACCAUUCGCAACGUUCAAGGGACGCUACUCUUCGUCCAUGUCGUCGUCACGUAUGCGAUUACUGCCAUCGUGAUGGGUUUCGUCUGGGUUAACUGGCGCCAUGUCGUCCGCCUCCGUGGCGAGUGGUUCCGAUCACCCGAGUACAUGCAGUCAUUCUAUGCACGCACCCUCAUGGUCAGCAAGGUCCCACGGAAGUUCCAGUCCGACGAGGGCAUCCGUGCGAUCUUCCAGUCGGUACAGGUCCCAUACCCCACAACCUCCGUGCACAUCGGCCGCCGGGUCGGCCAGCUACCGGAACUGAUCGAAUACCAUAAUAGGACUGUCCGUGAGCUCGAGCACGUUCUGGUGAGAUACCUGAAGGACGGGAGAAUUGGUAAAAAACGGCCCGAGAAGAGACUGGGUGGAUUCAUGUGCUGUGGAGGGCAAAAGGUCGAUGCAAUUGAUUACUACACUGCGAAGCUGCAGCGCUGCGAGCAGGCGGUCGAGCAGUAUAGGUCCCAGAUUGAUUUGCGUCGGCCGGAGAUGUAUGGCUUCGCAUCUAUGGCUGCGGUUCCAUACGCGCAUAUCGUUGCGAACUUGCUAAGAGACAAGAAUCCUAAGGGUAGCAACAUCACGCUUGCUCCCAACCCUAAAGACAUCCUCUGGACUAAUCUGAGUUUGACAAAGGCCGAGAUGGCGCGGAACAGGACACUCGGAUGGAUGUUCCUCAUUUUGGUUUGCUUCUUGAACACUAUCCCGCUGUUCAUCAUCUCCAUUCUUGCCAACUUAGCUAGUUUGACAACUUACGUAACCUUCUUGCAAGACUGGUCUUCUGCAUCCCCUGGCACGUUCACGUUUGUUUCUGGUGUUCUGCCUCCGGCAGUGUCCGCACUCUUUGGCUACGCGUUGCCAAUCAUUAUGCGCUGGUUGACAAAGUACAUGGGUGCCAACACGCAUUCGAGUCUUGACCGUGCGGUCAUCGCUCGCUACUUUGCUUUCCUGGUCAUCUCGCAGCUCAUUAUCUUCACAUUGAUCGGCGUCAUCUUCAACUCCGUCACCGAGAUCGUGCAGCAAGUCGGCAAGCACGAAAGCUUCAAAGAAAUCAUACAGGAUCUUCACACACUUCCAAGCACGAUAAACCAGACAUACAUCGAUCAGUCUUCCUAUUGGUUGACGUAUUUCCCGCUUCGUGGAUUCCUUGUUGUUUUCGAUCUGGCUCAAGUCCUUAACUUGGUGGUUGUCUUUAUCAAGAAACGUCUCUUCGGUAGAACGCCACGAGAUAUCCGAGAGUGGACACAGCCCCCAGAUUUCCAGUACUCGAUUUACUACUCCAAUCUGCUGUUCAUGGGCACGGUCGGCUUGUUCUUUGCACCCCUCGCGCCGUUAGUUGCGGUUGCUGCUAUGGUAGUGUUCUGGUUGAGCUCGCUUGUCUACAAGUAUCAGCUCAUGUUCGUCUAUGUGUCGAGAGUGGAAACUGGUGGACGUUUGUGGAACGUAGUCAUCAACCGGUUGUUGGCAUCAAUCAUCCUCAUGCAGUUGAUCAUGGUAUUGACGAUUGGUCUCCAGUAUACGUUCAAGUCCUUAUACUGGCUCUCGACUAUUCCGCCCAUCAUAUUUGUAUUCGUUUUCAAGAUCUAUCUCAACCGAAAGUUCCUCCAUGCCUUCCGGUAUUACAUUCCGACGGAAGAGGAGCUGCGCGAAGCUUCUGUUCAUUCGCAACGUGCGGAUACUGUUGGAAACAAGCUCGAAAAGAGAUUUGGACACCCUGCUUUGAACGCGGAGCUGUUCACACCCAUGGUGCAUGCGAACAUGACGCACUUGCUACAGGAGGUGUUCCAGGGCAAGAUUGGCAGUACGAAGACACAUCUUGACGAUCUUGGCGGGAGCAGGGUUGAUGCAACUGUGGUUGCCGGUGGGGUUAAGAUUGCUGGUAUCGAUGAGCGCGAUCUGGCGUACGAUCCCGCGCUGUACCAGCGCGACCGUGGGGAAUUGGACUGGGACCAGCGCUCUAUGUCAUCUACCACCCUGCUCGGCGACAACGCAUCAAAGGCCAACCUGUUCGCUGCCGCCGGCGGUCGCGACUCUCCCGACCCUUCAAAGCGUACGGGGUACGACCGCUACCUGGCCAAAGGCCCUCAGGCUGAGAUCGAGAUGACGCGGAUGGACUACGAUCAACAGCCCCUGCUAAAUGCUGCUCAGGCACCAGGGUACUUUGAUCCGAACCAGAGCAUGGCCAGCUUCGCGCAGUAUGGCAUACCAGCUAUGGACGAAGCUCCGCCCGUGCCGAUGAUUCCCGCAGCAUAUAGCCAGCAGUCACUAAACGAGGGGUACCGGGAGGCCCCUGUUCACCGACCGGGUCCCGGUCGUGAGGCUUCCUGGCGAUGA